UGUUUCUGGACUUGUUCUGUUCUCUGCUGUUUUCCAAAUAGAUUUGACAGACUAUUGCGCCAUAAAGGCUUUGUUUUCCGAUGGUAGAUGGGGAUAUUUGACUGUCGAAAGGAUAUGAGUUGCUAAUCAUUAAUCAGUGGGUCAUGUGAGACGCCAGCACGAUGUCUGAAGAUUACUUUAAGACGCUGGGACUUCAAUGGGGGGCAACUGAUGAAGAGGUGAAUAAGGCUUUCAAGAAACAUGCCAGGACUUGGCACCCAGACAAAAACGACUCAAUCAGAGCACAAAUAAAGUAUGAAGAACUCACAAAGGCGAAGGAUGUCUUGACCAAUCCCCUGAAACGCCGCAAGUGGGAGCAUGAGUUUUUACGUCGACACGGGGCCAGGCCAGAGACAACAUUGACUGGUCAUGGUUUAGAAGUUGCCCUAAGACCUGAUGAGACAGUCUCUUGCGUUGAUGAUGACAGUUCAUUUGACGAUUCUUUCUCUUGGAGUUCAUGGGCAAAAACUGAGGACUUUGAGAAAAAGCCUGAACAAAGUACAUCGAGUGGAAGAGCGGCGAAGUUUGAGGCAAAACCAAGCUAUGAUUCAUUUCUCGGUUCCCUGAGUACCCCACGUGACUCUAGUGGUGCUACAUCAAGCCAAUCAGGUAUUGGUUCCUUGAGUACCCCACGUGCCUCAAGUAGUGGUGCUACAUCUAGCCAAUCAGGUAUUGGUGCCUUUGGUGCCCAACGCGGUGCAGGGAUGUCCUACGCAGACCCCAAAACAAGUAGUUAUAUACCUUCUGCUGCAUCAGACUUGAGCCGUUCCAAAUCUAGCAAUUCUCACUCCAACAAAGCAAAACUUAAAGAAAUGGAUACCUUGUCGUCUGCAUUGUCAAAUCUCACUGUCAAACCGAAAUCUAGCGGUUCCCAGUUUCCCAAAGCAGAGUCGAAUUCCAGCAGUUCCUCAACUGCUGGCUUAGCAAGUGCUUUCAAAUCCAGUGGUGCGCAGGUUUCUGAUACAAAAGUUAAAUCGAAUGGAACCUUGCCUGCUGCUUCCCCAAGAGUCUCGAGUCGACCAACAUCUGGUCAUGUUCAGUCUAAAACCAAACCGAGCAAUUCCUCUGUUGAACCCAGUUUUAAGUCACAGGAAUCGUGGUCGAAAUUUGUGGAAAACAUCUUCAGUCGUUCGACAGACCCAAAGAUAAGUUCCACUGGUGAAGCGCCGACCAACUUUUUCACACCCUGCAAGGCCGCUACUGUUGAAACAUCAUGUCGUGCCAAAUCUAGCAGUUCGAACAUCUUGGUUCCUUCCCGGCCAGCCUUCAUGAACACUGAUGAUGAAGAACUUGGCCUUGAUCGCCGACAGAAGAAGAGUACCCAGGUGUCUAAAAAGGGACCUGCUGCACACCACGAGGUGCUAAAACUGGUUGAAAUGGGCUUCCCUUUAGAGGCUUGUAAGAAGGCCGUUCAUGUCACGGAACAUACUGGGCCAGAGACAGCAGUGCAGUGGUUACUGGAACAUGCCGAAGAUGCUGAUUUUGGCUCUCCAUUUGAAGAGCCUGUUAUGAAACCGUCUCCUCCAGGAAAUGCUUCAGAUGACGAAGAUGUCACCAUGCUAAUGGCACUGGGAUUCACCCGGGCCAUGGUCAUGCAUGCCCUCAAGGCAACGGACAGUGACACUGACUCUGAUCAGGAACAGACGUUGGAAUGUGACUUCAUCGAUGACAAAGAACCAAAGGACGUUGGUAGAGCGACGAACGAUGCUCGACGAAAACCAAAGGAUGUUAGAAGAGGGCAGAUGGCUGUUGAACGGGUGAGAAUAGCUCGUCCCCAAAUAGAGGCCAGAAAUACUAAUGACAAGCCAUGGCAAGGGGAAGGUUUGGUUCGUGAGCCAGAUCUUGAUGCCAAAUUUCUUCAAGAACUGGAGAGAAAGAGAGAUAAGGAUUUUUACAGACAGAUGCAGGACAUCAGGCGAAAGUUGCCAAUUUAUAAGGAAGCACGGAAUAUUUGCCAAACGAUCGAAGACAAUCAGGUGACAGUCAUAAAAGGCGAGACAGGUUGCGGCAAGACAACUCAAGUUCCUCAGUUCAUCUUGGACGACUUCAUCAGCAGAGGUCAAGGAUCUCUCUGUCGUAUCGUUUGCACUCAACCAAAGAGAAUCAGCGCUAUCACUGUGGGGCGUCGAGUAGCCCAUGAAAGAAAUGAAAGGUGUGGCGGUGUUACUCAUUCCGUUGGAUACCAGAUUCGGUUGGAAUCGGAAAGGCCAAGGCCGAAAGCCUCGAUCCUUUUCUGUACAACAGGAAUAGUCCUAAAGUGGCUGGAAAAUGAUCGAGACCUUUCCAGUUUUUCCCACCUUAUCCUGGACGAGGUUCAUGAGCGGGAUCUCCGCACCGAUUUCCUUCUCAUCAUUAUGAAGGAAGUCUUGCGCAGAAGACGCAAUCUGAAACUGGUUCUCAUGAGCGCUACGCUAAAUGCUCAGCAGUUUGCUGAUUACUAUCGAACCCGGGCAGGUGGUUGCUGCCCAAUGCUGAAUAUUCCUGGGCGGACAUUUCCUGUUGAGGAAUUCUUUCUCGAAGACGUUGUGGAACUAACCACGUACAGACCAAAGAAGUCCUAUCAAGGGCGAGGGAUAAACCAUGACAGAACACGGUUUGAGAAAUGGCUUUCGAACCUCGACACAUUUCAAUAUUCUAAUCAAACAAAAGAUGUUGUGAAAUCAGUCUACAAUGACCGCUACAUUGACAUGGACCUAGUCGCCACUCUUGUCCGCCACAUCUCCACAAAUAAACCAGCUGGGGCCAUCCUUGUCUUUAUGCCUGGGAUGGAGGAAAUAAACGCCCUCAGUGACAAGUUAUCCCAGCAAGAACUCUUCAGAUCAGAGAAAGCGUUCCGGAUUCUACAGUUACAUGGCUCGCUGAUGUCGACCGAAGAGCAGCAGAGGGUCUUUGAUCCCGCACCAGAUGGUGUGAGGAAAAUCGUCAUAUCGACCAACAUUGCUGAGACGAGCAUAACCAUGGAUGAUGUAGUCUACGUCAUCGACUGUGGGAAGCUGAAGCUGAAGAACUUCGAUGCCAGGAAGAACAUUUCCACCUUACAAGCGGAGUGGAAUAGCAAGGCUAAUUCUCAGCAGAGGAAGGGAAGGGCAGGGAGAGUCAAACCUGGCCUCUGUUAUCACCUCUAUACGCGGCAUCAACACGAAAGGCUCGUCGAUCAGCACAAGCCAGAGAUGCUUCGCCUAAGAUUAGAGGAGAUUUGUCUUCAGAUAAAAUUGCUGAACAUAUCACAGGGGAGGAUCACAGAGUUUUUUCAGCAGGCCAUGGACACAGUCCCUCAAAAGUCUGUUGAGAGAUCCGUUGAACUCCUAAAAAAGCUGAAUGCCCUCGACGCCAACGAAGAGCUUACCCCUCUUGGCUACCACCUCGCCCGGCUGCCAGUCGACCCACACAUCGGAAAGAUGAUCCUUUUGGGAGCAUUGCUUGGAUGUUUGGACCCGAUCCUCACGAUUGCAGCUAGCCUCGAUUACAAGUCGCCAUUCUUUGCUCCGAGGAAGAAGCAAGAAGAAGCAAAUGAGAAGAUGAGAAAGAUUGCAGACAAUACAUGCAGUGACCACCUCAUGUUCGUCAAUGCCUUCAACGGUUGGCAAGAGGCGAGGAGGCGAGGGGAUGAACGCGAAUAUUGCUGGGAUAACUUCCUCUCCAAGGAAACUCUGCAGACCAUAAAUAAAAAUAAACAACACUUGGCCGACUACGUCUAUGACCUUGGAUUCAUCUCUGAGAAGUCGCCAUCGGAUGAGGCAGCAAACAUCAACUCAGAGAACAAGAUGCUUCUUCGGGCUGUACUGUGUGCUGGGCUUUACCCAAACGUUGGGAUGAUAGUCACAAACCAACUUGUACUAGGCGUAGUCGCCCACUAUUUCAAGAUCGAAACGGCACAGGGUGAAGUUAACCUGCACCCCAAGUCUGUGAAUAAUGGUCAACAUCUGGACUACAAAUUCCUGGUCUACUACCAGAAGAUGUACACGUCAAAGGUGUUCAUCCACGAUUGCACAGCCAUCAGCCAUGUCCCUUUGUUGCUGUUCGCAUUGGACUUCGAAGUGAAAGAAAAGGCUAAUGGAAAGUGCAGCAUGGUAAUAGACUCGUUCAUCAACAUUGGUGCUUCGCGUGAAACAGCACGGCAAUUUAAGGCUCUUCACCAGGAAUUCUUUGAAGUUCUAGACGAGAAAUUCGAAAAUCCACAGCCAACAGACUGGUCCCCGAACUGUAGAGAGGGCCGAGUGAUGCUUGCCAUCUUACGCCAGAUAUCGGGUCGACAGGAAAAGUAGACAGGAGUGGUGUUUUGCGGUGCCGCGGAAUUGUUGACUUUCCGGGGUGUCGAUCACGUGGCCAAGUUUCUUCCCUCAGAUGACGGGAGGUUGGGGCACGUCGCUAAGACGUAUUCCCCGGAGCAAAGAUGGUAACACCUACUAUCAGAAACUCUGACGUUGCGAAGACCACCAUGGCCAGUGGAAUACUUAAAAGCCAAGAAGAGUCCAGGCCAUUGUAUAUAAUUUGUGUAUUUAUUUCAAUUGUCUUGAUAUCAAAUACUGAAUCCUACGAUCCAUGUUACAGUUGUUGUCAAAAUGUGCCAAAUAUAGCCGAUGAAACUUAAAGUUACCCAUUUCUUUGGCAAUCAUUCUAUUUAUGGCCGAUGGCGAUUGCUUCGCAUGCAUGUUAUAUAAGUGCCAUAUAUAAGCUUCAUGUUCUUCCAUACGGUGGGGACCAUUGCUACAGUUAUUGUUGUGCUGGUAGAGUCGAUCCCAUGGACUGUUCUUUGUUAUUGAGGGGUGUCAGCAAGUCCACAUACCAACGCGCUGCGGUGUAACCGUAUAUUGAACUAACCGCAUGGAAGAUGGACAUUGGAAAGGACAACCCUGAAUAACAAAAUAGACUCUCCUCUCUGGUGAUAUCAUAACAAGCGUACGAUUGUCCACAGUGAUAAUGUGGUUCUUGAAACGGUCAUUCUCACGGCACAACAGUGUCACAUGUAGGCAUGUUACUUUCUUUUCAAUGCAAUAAAAAAGGCCAUGAACACCUUUGCUCAGCUAUUUCAGUGGU